AUGCGCGCCGCCGCCUCAGUGCAAGGCGCUGAUCUUACGCUUCCCCAAACGAUACUCGACCGAGCAGCAGCCCCAGCGCCCAAUGUGACAUACGGCAUCGACAAUCAAGGUGAUGACGCCAAUGAAAGUGACGACGCCGAGAUAGAGGACGACGCGAUGGAUGCUGCACCCGUUAUACCUCCGCCUCAAGCAGCAGCCUCGCAGGGCAAGUCUGGCAAAGGCCGCGCACUCGUAGCCGAUCUUCGUCCGGUGACAUUCCUUGAGGCGAUGGAGCCAGGUGAGGCCGCCUUAGCAGGCGACUCUCCCUCUGCAUCGCGCACGAAAAAGAAGGAGAGCAAGUCCCGCUCAAAGGCCGGCGUCAAGAAGACCUUAGUCGCUACCUCUGCAGCGGGCGCCGGCGGCGCCUCGGGUAUUCCAGCACCGGGUCCAUCAACGACGUCUAGGACGCCUUCUGCUGUUGCCGGACCAUCGCGAGCUCCUGCUGAUCAGACCCACGCUGUUCCAGACAGGCAUCGUAACGCCGUCGCCGGACCAUCAAGAGGGCGUCAUCAUUCGCACGUAGCAUCUGCUGCUGAUACCCCGGCGCAUCACAGGCAUGCUUCUCAUCGUCUCGCCCGCUCUCGCUCGCCGCCGGCGAAUCCCUCUUCGAAAAAACCGAGAUACUAG